UGCAACGUCUCCUAGAUGCUGGAGUGGAGUCCCACCCACGCCACUAAGAAAAUAAGCAAGUUUUUCCAUGAUGGCUCCACAAUCGAGUCAAAUUAUAUGUUUCUCACACAUCAGUUUAUUGUGAUCUUCUAGCUAGGAGGAAUUAUACCGUGUCAGAUUCAUUAGAUUUUAAAUGAACGAUUGAAAAUUUGUAUCUUUUUGUUUUUCCCAAUUUAAUCCUAUCCCUAUCCCCUUCUCUCUCACUUGGAGAUUACGAACCUUCGAAAGCACUCAACAAUGGCCGUCAAAUUUCAACACACAAAAAAAAAACACCAAACACCAGUCAACAACAUCACCAUCACCACCACUUUCUCUUCCACAACCCUCCUCCAAUCGUCGGCACCACUGUCAAAGUCGUCGCUCCUUUGCAUCGCUGCUUCAGAGUUCAGACCUCCAUAUGUUUUCAGCACUAAGAGCCAACGCGGCGACGACACCACUGUGGCCACAACAACGUCAUCGAAGAAGGAACCACCGCAGCAUACCAGGAAACCCACCACUAACCAUCACAAGCCAUUAUCGCGCCGCAACGACAAGUCUCGCUCUUUUUCUCGGAUAUGGAAGCUAGAAAUUACCCCUCUUCCUCGAAUUAAAAAAAAAAAAAACAGAUACACCCAAAUAAUCAGCGACCGACUUCUCCCUCGACCUCGACCCCGACCAAGAUCCUCUUCAGCCUCUGUCUCUCUGACGUCAACCACCACGUCACCAAUGUCGUUAUCAUUGAGGACUUGACAGACGAAGCGUGUGUUUAGUUUUAAAAGAGAUCAACAAGGACAUGGAUUAUGCAGCUGCAGCCAGCCUCUCUACAAUUUCUCUCCGUGUCAGCGUGUCUAUUUUCUCUGACCUUUCUUCGUUUCACUAUCAUAUAUCUUACUUUAUUUUUUUUUCAUUUUUUUGUCCUUUUUUUUAUUGUAGAAGCAUGUACACAAAAUAUGCUAUUACCUAGCUCAUUGGAAUUCUUUUUACGUAAUAUGCAUGACGUAAUGAUAAUUUCCUUGAACAAAAAUGCUACUC